AUGCAAAGCUUCAGGACGAAUUGCAUCCAUGCAGACGAUGUAUUGAACAGAGUUUCUGACGUGGCACCACCAAUUAACGUCAGUACUACGGAUCAUGAGCUCUUGAAUGAAAACAGUACGGAACCGAGUGAAGCUUACACAUAUUCAAGAGAGGCCCACCCAAACUCCGAACGAGUUGAGGCAGUGCUGAGCUCGGUAUUGAAUGGAUCGGCAGUUGUUUAUUCGUCAGGACUAUCGGCACAUUUUGCAAUCUUGACCAACUUGCGCCCAAAAAGAUUAUUUAUCACGGACGGCUACAUUGGUUGCCAUGAUGUCGCAAAAUUAUUUUCCAAGAUAAACGGAACGCUUAUUUCCGACUUAUCUGAGAUCGAUGAGGUUUGCGAGGCAGGCGAUUUGGUGCAUAUUGAAGAUCCAAGCAACCCAUUUGGAGAAAGUGCUGAUGUUGCAGAGCUCGUUGCAAGAGUGCAUCAGAAAGGCGGUCUUGUUUUGAUAGAUUCUACAUUAGCUCCUCCUCCGCUACGCGAUCCUUGGAAGCUGGGUGUCGACAUCGUUAUGCACUCGGGAACAAAGUACUUGGGCGGUCAUUCUGAUCUUUUGUGUGGUGUCUUAUGUACUAAGGAUGAGCAGCGUUUUAAGGAAUUGAAAAAAGAGCGCCCUCUGCUGGGCACUAUUCUUUCUAGUGUCGAUAGCUUUUUGCUUUUGAGGUCAUUGCGGACAUUGGAAGUGAGAGUCAAACAACAAUCCCAAUACUGCUCGCAGAUAGUACGGUAUUUGAAAGAGCACGCGUUUGAAGUUCAAGACGUAUUGACCAGCAUUCGCCAUGCUAGUUUGCAGACUGAAGAUUAUGCAAAGACGCAAAACAGUGGUGGCUACAGCCCCGUUUUUUCCAUCACGUUGCGAACCCCCGAUCAAUGCGUUGCGCUGCUAAAGAAACUGCGAGUUUUUCAGCAUGCUACAUCGUUGGGCAGAGUUGAAUCUUUAGUUGAGUGGAAGUGUCUAAGUGAUGCCAAGAUUGAUCGCACACUUUUGAGAGUAUCUGUGGGUUUAGAAAACGUUGAUGAUUUGAUUGCAGACUUACAGGGAGCUUUGGUGGCAUUGAGUAACGGGCAAUCUCUACACAAUCAUGAAGUGGACGAAAAGUCUUGA